CCUCCGUGGUCGCAACAACUCCACUGGAGAGGGCAUGACACCCUCUUGCGACGCUCUCACAAAAUCAAAAGAAACGAACCAACAAAAAGGCAACAAUAGGCUUUCGCCCUUCACAUCAACCCCAUAGUUAGACAACAGAAUGGGACUACUCAACACCAAUAGAACCGACAGUGACCCAACACUUGUUGAAAGUGUUACGAGUCAGUUGAUAGACGACAAGUUCUGCAAAAAUGGGGAGUUUCACGCAGCGACGGCAAAAAAGUUUGUGGAAGAGCUCCGAGAAAGACGAGACACUUUGCAGCAACAAGUGCAUGAUACUCGAUACAGCGAGCGAAUUUUGAGAGAUGUUAAUACACACCGGUCUGCAUCCAAAAACGCACACAAAAAGAGCACCUUUGGGGGCAGUCCGGUGCUCUUGGGCCUGGACAAAGUGAUCAUUCCUUUGGCUGACCAGAUUGCUCAAAUGAUCGCUGAUGGUGCCGACAAAGAAACUAUACAGUCUGUGGCAGAAGAGUUCGUCAGGGUAUAUUCACCUUAUGAAACUCCGAAUCUUGUUGUAACAGCAUGGAACAAUAACAAUCAGGUUUGGGCUGCCGCAUUGAAAAUAAUAACGCCGUGGACCACAAGAAAGGACGACACAAAGAAGGAUACUUUGGAAUCGGUUAACUUGGAUGUAGAAGAGCCCGAUCAUGUUCAAGAAGUCUCCAAGAUUCUCGGCCGGGACAUUGCCAGCGGCUAUCGUUUGACCAAGGAAGAUACCGAGGCCCUCAAAGAGGGAGACUUUGAUCUCUCGCGUCUCAAUCCUGGCUCGACGGCCUUUUGGAGUCGACCCAAUUCCGAAGGGCUAGCAAUGGCGGACGAGAAGGUAUCUGCUGAGUAUCCAAGGUCGGACGAAAAAGUGACUUACUUGUCCCCUCGCUAUCGCAGUAAGUUCUCGACAAAGAUGACUGGCUACGUCAUGCGCAAUGGAGAGAAGCACCGGUUCAAGAUCAAGCUUGGUGCAGAGGUUCACUCCGAGAUCAUUGUGAUCCGACUCCGUCAGUACAUGGGGUUCCAUCAAGAUCAGAUGCGACACUAUCCACAACUGAAGAUGUACCUCGGUGACAAGUCGUAUGCCCAAUGGGAACGGGAUCUUCAGUUGAAGUAUGGAACAGAGCAGCUGCGACGACACAUCUUGCAAAGAGGACAAGACGAGGAAACCGGCGAAGCGUGGGUUGUGUUUCGGGAUGUGGCGAUUGAAGCUCGGCCAAAGACGCAGAUCCGCGUAUCCGCUGUGGACUACGGAGCGUACGAUGGGUCCAGAAGCAGAGAAGUACGGGCGUCAGCCCUGAUCUAUGCCUUCACAGCUCAAGGGGACCAUUCCACCAAGAAUAGCAGGGAGGUACUGGUCCAGGAUGAAGAUGGCGAAUACCAAGUGGAGCACAGAGUCCACGACGUGGGACUAGCCCUUGGAAGAGCUCCUGUAGUGUUGCAGGAUUCUCGAGACGUGCUGAAUUUCCCCCUAUCGAAGAACAAACCAGAAGAAUAUGACCGCAACUAUGUUUGGGCGGACAAGGAAGGGAACAAAGUGAGCUUCAUUUGGAACGAUUUCUGGCAUCACUUACGGGACCAUUCUGGAGCGACGUUUUCUGACUUCAAAUGGAGCGCCCGACUCAUCGGUUCUCUCACAACAGAUGAGAUCAGGGAAGCAGUUGUUUCCGGAGGAAUACCAACAGACCUUGUCGAAUCUUACGUCUACCACAUUUCCAACAUGCGCAAUAGAGCUGUUCGGGCAUUCGCUCUCGAACAAGGUGAAGGAAGUGUUCCAGGACGCGGACCCAUACAGCUCACGGUACCUGAACCGCCUACUGACUUGGUUAGGUCUGAUGGGUAUGAGGUGAUCAAGAAGGGAAAGAUCGUUGGCAACUACUAUCCUGGAAGCACAGUCUUGCCACUGUUACAGGAAACCUGGUUCACCAGGAUAAACGGGUUAUUUCAGGGCCAAUCAAUUGGUCGUGAUAUUGGUGCUCAUUAUGUCGAGGCAUCCUUCGCUCCAUUGGUACGGCUGGAUACUCAUGUUGGCAGGACGCUGUGGGAAAGGGAAGUACCAUGGACAAUGACCACUUUUUCCGUUGGCAUUGGGUUGAAUGCGACAGUUGCCAGGAUUGUCAAACCCAACAGGCUCUACGUUGGUGCCGAGGGUCGCUCCAGGGCAUACGUUGUACACGACACGCUCUCGUUCUCUGUGGGUGUUGGGUUCCCAGCAGUGAGUUCUGCUCUGGCCAAGCUUGGUCCAGAGUUCUCUGUGACUGCCGAGCUGUAUCGCCGACGAUUUCAGCAUGUGCAUUUUGCAGAGUCUGUCUCAGCUGGGUAUCGAAGCCCCGUGCAGGUUCACAAGAUCACCAGACUUGGCAACAUUGAAAGCCUGGCCGUGGCAGUCCUUACUCCAGGAGAUGUCCUUCGAGAGUUCCAGGCAAUUGGUGCCACUUCCGCAGUUCAUUUAGGUUUUGGGCUUGGCAACUAUAUUGGGUCCGUCGGAAGCUCGCUUUCUUUUGAAGGAGGGCAGACCAAUUGGCAAACCGUCACUUACACAAAGGACCAGCUUGGCUCCUUGCAUCUACUGCUGGAGAACGAUUCCGAGAGGACGUUUGGUGCCGGGACGGAGCAGUUCAAUGUGACUGCAAACUCGGUUGUGAACGCGGCGGCGUUUGCCUUGGGUGCCCACAGCAACCGCAUCAACUACAAAGUGUGGAACAUUGAAGUGGCGCCCAAAGAGUACGACUUGGAGCAAGCGACGGACGGAAUCAAAAGAAGCGGGUCUCAAGCCGAAGAAUUGGUGGCUACUUUGAAGACAUUGCGUCGCCACCCAGAGUUGGCCCUCCCCGAGGUUCGAGCGGCGAGCAAGGUCGAACUUCCCGACAAUGUCAAGCUUCGCUUCCGUAUCCAAGCCAACAAGCUGGAGAAAAGGUCAAACGCACAGCUGUUGUACCUGUUCAACCAUGAUCGCAAGAAAGAAAAGACUCGGGUCACCGUUGAAAGCGACGAGUACCAAUAUGAUUUCUUCUCAAAGUCUAGAUCCAAGCGAGGCUACGCUGGUAUCGAGAAGACAGUUCUGGACUUGAAAACGAAGAACUCCGUCGUGCGAGAAGGAACCAGCAAGCGUUUGACUGUCGAGAUGGACCGACAGAACCCCCGAUCUCUCGUUGUUUGGGUUGAUGUCUUUGACUACAAGCGGACUCUGGAUCGUCGUGGAUUGCUCAAGCUGUUGGACAGUUUGAACAAGAGAUACCAAAACCCUGACGACGAGGGUGCUGAUUUCUUUGUGGAGCCCCCAAUGCCCACCGAGGAACCAUACAAGCGCAUCUACGCCAAUUCCCGGAUCUACGUCAAUGGCGACAAGCUCAUCAAGUUGGUGGAAGAGAAAACUCCGAAGGAAUUGUUUGCUGAAAUCCAAUCUGUGGCGAAAGAUCCGAUUGGCUUUCACAACAAGCGCAAAAUCAAGCAAGGUUUCAAGCAGUUGACCAAGGCAGUAGAGGAACUCAACAAGCUCACUCCAGGGGAGGAUGCUGAGAAGCAAACAAUCAAAGUGCAGGACCGCUUGGCCGUGGCAGCCUUGCGACUUGUGAAUGCCCUCUACCAAAGCAAGACGUGGGGAGUGUCCUAUCUGCACAAGCUCUUUGGUAGUAAUGGGAUGCUUGUGGUGGGCGAAGUGUUUGGUGUACAUGAGCGCACCAACAUGCUUCAGGAUCCCGAUUGGGUCUCGAGGCUCCGUUAUGCUGGCAAGAGUUGGGGCAAGCUAACAAACGUUCCUCCCAUCUCUCGUUUCGUGAGGGUUGACCAGCCCACUCCUGCCAAUGAACAUGCCAUGCUGGAUAUUCCCAUGGAGCGGUUCCUCGGCACCAUUGUCACGGGAUACUCGGGAGGAAUGGUUGGACUUGGCAGCCGAUAGACGCCUCCUUUUCUUUGUUGAAGGAACAUCAAGACACCAGCUUUUCAUUUACAUGUGCCGUGACACCAACCAUACUAGUAGCUCCUGUAGAAUUUCAAAAUCCUCUGCUCUUUCUCAACUACAGCUACCAGUACACGGAGUGGUCUAGCUCUGGCAAUUUACAUGUGCCGUGACACCAA